AUGAAUUCAGAGUCGCGUCCACUCAUAAAUCGCACAACCCGACAAUCUUGUUUUAUUUGCAAAAGAUCACUUGACAGUAAGCCAUAUGCAAAUAUGAUUCUAUACGUUUUACUAGGCAUUUUAAUACUUUGCCAUAUAUGAGGCUCUCUUAUAUUGCUAUACUUAAAAGUGGCUAAUGACAUUGGGGAGUACUUUACUCUUUUUUUACCAGUGGUAUUGCUUUGUGUAGAAAUUUGUAUUAUCUGUAUAACAGUUUUUAUAAUUAUUUUAUCUGAUUUUAUUACCAGAAAAGUAAGAGGAAUCACGCUGUGGCAAAGACAAGCCAUCGGGAGACUGAUAAGAGAUUUUGUAAUUUUUUUGCAAUUAGGCUUAACUGCUUGAUUUUUUUAUGCAGGAUUUGAUGAUAAUUCCCUUAAAUCUCCUCUUUGGCAUUUGCUGAUGCCAGGAAUUGUGCUAUCAGUUCUUGCGUCCUUAAGAUUUGUUCUAAUUCAGAGCGAGGAUUCGUUGUUUUGGAUAUGCUUUUCCUUUCUAACGAUUGCACAGCAGAUCCUAUGUAUAUGGAAAAUUGAUUAUAAGGCAGAACUCAGCUGAAUUUAUUGCUUAAUCCCUACCUAUCUCAUGUGUGCUGAUUUUGCCUGGCUUAGUGCUAGUUAUUUUUUGAGGUUUGCUAAAGAACUGGAUUACUCUAAAAUGAUAAUAUUUCUUUUAGGAAUUAUUGGGAGUAUUUUCAGCGGAAUUGGGAUGUUUUUUAUCUCUUUUUAUCUAGAAGACAUGAUAGAAUUUAAUUCAGCAAUAAUCUGAAUUGGGAUUGGUUUGGGUAUAAGUUCAAUACCUUUAAUAAGACCAUUCGGGCUGUUUAUAAUAGAUAUUGCAGUAGGACAUAUUGAAAUUGAAAUUUUACAGCUAAAAUACCCUGUGAGAUCAAUAAGAAAUUUACCUCACUCCGUUUAA